AUGUUGACGGAUUGGGCGAUAAAACAGCUGGAGAAGAUAACAUACGAAUACCUGAAAUUGGACUGCGAGGAGGGAACUUGCUACGGAGUACUGGCUGUUCAUCGUAUAUGCUUUGCUCUUUCAUUCUUUCACAUCAUAUUGGGACUUUUGGUUAUUGGAGUAAAUGAUACUCGUAGUAAGAGAGCGGAAAUACAGAAUGGGUGGUGGGGUCCGAAAAUUCUAUUGUGGAUAUUUCUUCUUGUCAUUUCCUUUUUCAUCCCGAAUCAAUUCUUCAUGUUUUGGGGAAAUUAUAUCGCUUUGAUUGGUGCUACCAUGUUUAUUCUGGUCGGUUUGGUGCUUUUGGUUGAUUUCGCUCAUUCCUGGAGUGAAACUUGCAUUGAAAAAUGGGAGGAGUCGGACAAUAACAAAUGGAAGUAUAUCCUUGUUGGAUCCACAAUAUCGAUGUUCGUCGGGGCGAUUGCGCUUACUGGAAUCAUGUACGGAUUUUUUGCUGGAUCUGGAUGUCAUCUUAAUCAGUUCUUUAUAACAUUCAACCUUAUCCUAUGCGUAAUCGGAACUUUCGUGUGCAUCCACCCGUCCGUGCAGGAGGCAAACUCUCGUUCCGGAUUAUCCCAAGCUUCAAUGGUUAUCAUUUAUUGCACCUAUCUUAUUCUCAGUGCAGUGGCUAAUGAACCGUCUGACAACGAAAAUGGAUGUAAUCCAUGGAAGAGAAGCGCUGGUACAAGAACGACCACAAUUGUCCUAGGAGCUGUGUUCACAUUCUUGGCGAUUGUGUACUCAACAUCGAGAGCUGCUACCCAAGGCAAGGCAUUAAUAACUAAAUCGGAUUAUCAUCCUGUUAACACUGCAACUGCGAUACCUUUAACGACUAACUCGCUUAACGGACUCACUUCUAACAAGCGCUCUGACGCGCUGUUGGCUGCAGUUGAAAGCGGGUACGAUUUAACACCGUUUAGAUUUUUUACCUAA